UUUAACGUUCGUCAAAAGAAAAUAAUUUUUUCACACAUGGGAAUGCAUCCAUCAAAGUGUCCAGACUUCUAUCAACUCAGUGCCGAAUGUCAAAAACAGACAUUUAAAAUUUUUCAGUUGUCCAAAACGUAAAAUUUCAUUAUUUCCCAUUUCAAAUCAUUGUUCAUAUUUUCAUUUAAUCAUGAUAGAGUACCAUAAGACCAGAAAACUGGCUCAGAAAUAUAUUGGAUCUAAAUAUACUAUAAAUGUAAGUUAAUUCAAUAGGUAGUGAUUUUUUAAUUUUUUUAUUUGGCUUAUGGUAAUUCCAAAUUACAGUAGGCAUAAAAAUACCUAAUAAAUGAUUUAGGACUACUUUUCAAUCUCGGUCACCCGUAUCCCAUAUCUACUCGAAAAUCACAAAUUAAAAGGGCAGCGCGAGCAACAAACUGUAGGGAAGCAAAAACGUCGAUAUCUUUCGCCGCCCCUUUUAGGAACUCGCGCCGACUCCUCGUCGUCCCAAAUCUGCCGCCUCCACGCUCCACAUUAUCAGCCAUCACCAGAAACGAAAUCGAUAGCUUACCUAUUCUAUAUAAAAGCUCCAUGAUAAGUUGGUUGGAGCUGGGUAGGCUCAAAAAUCGUCCGAACUUCUGCAGUGCAGUGUGAAGUUUGAGGGUGCAUGAGACCAAUUUUUUUAGGUGCCGUGCAUUCUGCUGCACCAGGAUUUCAUCGACAUGCAGCCUCCUCCAAGGAAGGGAAAUUAUGUAAAGUUCUUAAAAAACCUCCACUCGGAGCAAAUCAACAAGCUGUUGAUGAAAAACCAGCACGAGUGUGACCUCUUAGAAGAUAUUCGUACGUUCACGAUAAAAAGAUCGGCCAUAGAAAAAUCCUAUUCCGAGGCAUUACUCAAAAUAUCUUCAGCUUAUCUGAAUAAGAAAAUUCCUAAUAUUCCUGAUAUUAAAGUAGAAGGUGGAGAUGAAAAAUGGAAUAUGUGGAGCGUCUGGCGUACGGUCCUAGAAGAAAAUGAAAAACUAGCAAGAGCAAGAUUAGCUGCCGUUGAAGUUUUCCAACAACAAAUCGCCGACGAUGCUAAAAUUCUUAGGGCGCAUAAAUUGCAGAUGUCAAAAAAGGUAGUUGACCAAUUAACGUUAGUUCAAAAAGAAGUACAAACAUGCGUACAAGACGUUGAUAAGACGAAAAAGCUGUAUUUCGACGAGGAGCAUACAGCACAUGAUGUCAGGGAUAAGGCUAGAGAUAUUGAGGAAAAACUGAAGAAAAAGAAAGGCUCAUUCUUCCAGUCCAUCACCUCUCUACAGAAAAACAGUCAAAAAGUCUCCUCAAAACGGGAGCAAUUAGAAGAAAAAUCAACAGGUGCCAGAAAUGAUUAUCUUCUUUGUCUUGCUGCGGCCAAUGCUCAUCAAACUAGGUAUUUUGUAAUUGAUCUCCAAUUGGGUAUGACCACAAUGGAAAGCGGAGUAUACGAUAAAGUAGCUGAAUAUUUAAGUUUAAUGGGCAGAACUGAACUUUUAACAUGUAAAGCACUGGAAAACUCAUUCACAACUCUGUUAAAUCAAGCUAAGCAACUCACAAGGGAGUACAAUUUACAGUGUUGUUACCUAUAUUAUCCUGUUUUAAAACAGCACAUUCAAUAUGAUUAUGAGCCUUGCGAUAAUGAUCCAAUAGACCACAUUACAGCAGAGCACGAAUCAGCUGCAGCCACUUUAAGUAAAGAGGCUCGAAGAUGGGCAACCAAAAUAGCCAGAGAAAAUAAUAAUGUUAAAGAAUACGUAAGGAAAGUUCAAUUGUAUAAUGCUUUGAGAGAAUCUGGGCAAAAGACUGAUCCGAACGAUCCGAACGGACCGGAUUUGGAAACCAAAAUCGAGGAAUUAAAGCAAAAUAUUCGAAAAGCCGAAACUUCAAAGGCCAAAGCGGAAGCGAGAAUAGAGUAUUUGCGAAAAGGCGGUGUGAACGUAGACGAAUGGCUGCAGGAAGCGGAAUCAUUGAAUGUUCAAGAUAUACAACGAUCUGCUAGUUCAUUAUCGGAUCAUCCAAGUUCUGAGUCGUUUUACGACAGUGAUUUUGGCGAUGGCGAACAAAUUACGGCACCAUUAGAGUCAAUGAAAAUGGAAAAGGAAGCAAUGAUUGAAGAUAUUCCAGAAGAUCAUUUUGAAAGCCAAGAGGUGGAGGCUGUAAUGGAGCAAGAAAGACAAAGAAUCGAACAACUAACAGCUGGAUGGGACGAUCCAACUCAAGUCGAUUGGGGAGGAGGUGGAGGAGAAGAAGAUGAAGCCUUAAUGGAAUCUGCUACAGAUGAAUAUAAUUCCGAAUCAACACAGCCUAGCGGGCCUCUAUUGAAAUGCACUGCACUUUAUUCAUAUACUGCCCAAAAUCCCGACGAAUUGACAAUUGUGGAAAAUGAACAACUGGAAGUAGUCGGCGAGGGCGACGGAGAUGGUUGGCUGAGAGCCAGAAACUACCGCGGAGAAGAAGGCUAUGUUCCUCAUAAUUAUCUGGACAUUGAGAGAGAGCAAUCGGCAACAACUCCCGGAUUACAAACGCAAAUAUCUUUCUCUUCUGUGGAUUAUACUGUGGAUAACGAAGAGGAAAAUCAGCCUCAGACAGAGACUACGCAAUCUCCCGAACAGAUAUCUGUAAUAUCGAUGCCUAUCCAAAAAACUACUAGUGGAAGCGAUGCGCCUGGAUCCUAUUGCGUAGCUUUGUACGAUUAUGACGGAGAAGGUGGCGAGGAGUUGACGUUUGAGGAAGGACAGAUUAUAAAAGUUUUAAGUAAAUGUGCUCAUAGUAUUGACGAUGGUUGGUGGCAAGGAGAAUUAGAAGGUCGAAUAGGCAAUUUUCCUUCGUUGGUAGUAGAAGAAUGCGAUGAAUAUGGAGAACCUUUAACAAAUGAAUGGGACGAAACGCCUCCUCAAUCAGCUCCACCCGUUUUCACGCCACCUGAUAUUCCGAAUUUUCUAAAGGAGCCGGCUGACGAUCAAACUCCCCCAUCAGUUGACUUUCCCCAACAGCCGGCUCCUGUCUUAGUCCUCAACGAAACGGAGGAAGAAAAGAUGGAGAUUAAAGAUAAAGAAGAAACCGAACAAAAUGAAAAUAGUGGCCCAUUUUCAAUGGUACUUACUCGGGACCAACACGACCAAUAUGGCACACAAUUCGACGAGGAAGCCGAGGACAUUCCAAAAAUCGGAAUUCCAAGUCUAGAAAUAAGUGAUGAGGAUGGAAAAGAAAUUGACCAAUCGUCAAGCAAUAAAGACGACGACAUGGGCCUCGGUGUAGCUCAAAUUGUUAUUACAGCAGCGACUCCCAUGAUAGAGGAGGCUGAAAAACCUUUUCCACCUCCAGAAGAUCCCCCAGUUAUAAUAAAUCAUCAGACCGAUGUCAUAGAAGAGGAAAACGAGGAAGAUUUCGAAGAAGAGGAAAAUUUGAUUCAAAAAUGCAAUGACGGUAUUAAUUGUGAAGACGAGGAGGACAAUGAAAGGAUGUUUGCUAAAAAAGGAGAAGAAACCGAAGAACCGAUCAUUGCAGAUUCGGGUUCAGGACAAUUUGUGAUAAGCAGCAGUACAGGAAGCGAUGGAGAAACAACUGGGCCUAGUACGGCGGAAAACUCGGUGAGUCAAGCUCCUGUGGACACUGACGCUCCUAAACAAGUAGUAGGCGGUAGAGCGAGUAUACCUGACGAGUUGGAGCCUCAUCAGUUGGCCAGAUUACAGGAUUUGAAAGAGUCGAAUGCCUAAGAAAAAAUGGAGAUUGUAUGUAGGAUUAAAAAUUGAUUACCCACCUAAUAUUUUGCAAAUACUGAAUGAGCGGAUUUAAGAAAAUAUGGCUUCAAAGAACAUUAUCGUCUAGGCGACAUGUAGAGGAAUUUGAUGAAAUAGAAUUUUUUGACUGAUCGAUAUGGGCUAAAAUAUACAGUUUGAUUGAAGAAGUAAAUAUGGUAAAUAUAUUGUAUAAUAAGCAUCAUCUUUUUGAUAAAUAUACGUACUUCUAUGAAUGUAAAUAAAUCUUGACAACUAACUGUUCUUUUUUUACCCUUCAAUCCUAGACUGUAUAUUUUCGAAAUAUCGCAUAUGUGUCGAAAAUUUGUUAUAGAAUGUAACAUUUAGGCUCUAGUGGGGCUUUUUGUUUGUAAACAUCAACAUUAUUUUCGAAUUUAAGAUUAAGGAUAGAUUGAAUUGGGCAAAAUAACACACAAAAAUCGCCUUUAUUUUUAAAAUAAUUUGUUUCUUAUGUCACAUUGACAUGUUAGUACAUAGGUACCUAUAUUUAUAGCGCUACAAAAAUAAAACCCACUUGAUAAUUAUAUAAAAAUGUUAACUAUAUUAUUAAGUUGUCUACAUAGGAAAGUUAUGUAAAGUUAGAUUAACUAACCGGUACACUAUUAUUGUCUGGUGUUUGAUUAUCAAUUUCAUUGAAAAUGGUUGAGAACCAGCGAAGAGACAAGAUUUGGCAAGAAAAAGUUCAAAACUAUAGACUGGACUGUGCUGUUUGUCAUCCGCAUAAGAAGGGGCUGAAGACCAAUUUCCUGGAAUAGAGGGAAAUUUGACUGUUUCAGUAAUAAGGGAAAGAGGGAUACUAUUCCGAUACCAUGUAAUGUUUUCAAUGCAAUUGACAUCUAAAAAGUUUUUACUAAAUAAUUAUUAUUGUAUAGAUAAAUAGAAAAUAAUAUAUGUAUUAUAAUUUUUUUGGAAAACGCGUAAUUUUCAGCAAUAAUAAUGAUAAUUUUCUUCAUGUUUUUAUAAAAAACAAAUUCCUACGUGUGCUCUUUAGUCUGUCUUGACCUUAUGUAUAGUAGUUUUUUUUUUGUUUUGUUAACUCCUGCAUACCUACUCAAAUACCUACCAGGAACCGGUGUGCUUAUUGUACAAAAAUGCUUUGGAAGACAAAAUAAAUUAUGAUACCUAUGUCUUCUUUCAGCGGUGCCUUCUUAUGUAAUAUGUUCAAAAACCUUUUAUCGGAAACUAACCAAUCGCGCUUCGUACAAAGUUUGUAAAUCGAUACCAAUUAGAUUUACAAUCUUGUAACUAAAUUUUCCCUCCACAAGAUAAAAAAAAAUUAGAACAUCUUGAUGUUUUAGUAAAUGGUGAAAAGUCGUGCAUCUUCCUCCCUCGUAUUGCUAAAAUGAGAAUGUCUGAUACGUUUCUGUUAAAUCAUCAAAUACUAUAGGUAUUGUAUAAAAUAAAUCAUUUAUGUAG